AUGACUUGCCCCCUGAUUUGCCAGACGGGAUGUGAACAUCUGCGGGGAGGGCUGGCUGCUGAGUGGCUGGAGUCGGUGCCGUGGGAGGCCGCAGACAAGGGUGGGCAAAUGGUUGGAACUGGCUGGAAGCAAGAGCUGGAGUCGGACAGUGUGGGCCUGCCAGGAUCUGCGGCCUGUGCUCUCCCCUCUGCUCCCUCGAGUGGCCGCAGGGACCGACAGUUCUCCGAGAUAGCCAAGUUCUUCCCCGUCAUCUUCAUCGUCGGCAACAUUGCGGGCCUGUAUGCCAUCUACACGCGGGGCGGGGAUAACGGCGGAGGGAAGGACGGGGGCAGAGAAUGCGGCCCCGCAGCCUCGGACGCGAGCACCGCCAAACGGGGCAUGAUCGAGUUCGUGAUCUUCAACGUCCUGUCCUUCCUGCUCGUGGCCGCCUACGUGAACUGCAUCAUGGUGCAUCCGGGAACGAUCCCGGACAGGGCCGAGGACCCGUCCUGGGAGUACGUCGGGGAGGACGGCGCGAGCCUCAACCUGCUCCCGGCCGAGUACACGGAGACGAAGAAGGACGGACAGCGCAGGCACUGCAAGUGGUGCGCCAAGUACAAGCCGGACCGUUGCCACCAUUGCCGCGUGUGCCGCGUGUGCAUCCUGAAGAUGGACCACCACUGCCCGUGGAUCUACAACUGCGUCGGCUUCCGGAAUCACAAGUACUUCUUCCUCCUGCUGAUGUACUCCGCGAUAGUCACCAAUUUCAUCACGUGGACAAUGAUCGAAACCGUCGACGAGGUCGUGGUGUCAGGAGAUUCAUUCGUUGCUAUGUUUUUCGUCCUAUUCGGCGAGACGCUUGCCGCCUUCCUGGCGCUGCUGGUGACGGUAUUCUGGGGCUUCCACAUCUGGUUGAUGCUGAAGGGCAUGACGACAAUCGAGUUCUGCGAGAAGCAGUCCAAGGGCGGCGGGGCCGCGACGUACGACCUCGGCGCGUACGCCAACAUCCAGGCGGUGCUCGGCGACUACGCGCUGCUGUGGUGCCUCCCGCUGUCGCCGCCCUCCGGCAGGGGGGUCAAGUUCGAGCGGCGGAAUCGGAAGCUCUCGGCGGGGCGUGACCUGGAGGCCGGGCGUGGCGCCCGCAAGGUGUUCAGGACGAGCGGCCCAGCCUACGGGGCCACGCCCACCUUCGGGCACAUGCACGGGAGGCUCGAGGCCUGGCAGCCGGCCGAGUUCAAGGGCGCCUCCGGCCACGUGCCUCGCGAUGUCCCCGGCGGGCCGCGGGCGGCGGGCUUUGAGAGGCUCCACUGA